UGUGUCUCUAUAAGACGACAGAGCAACAGCAUCCUUUUAGGAAACAAACAGAAGCAGACGUAAGGAGAAUAAUACUGCCCUCAGUUUCAGCAGAUCUGCUCGGGACAGGUACCAGAUCCGGACAAAGUACAGACCACACAUCAGCUGUUAACACGCUUCGUGAUGAAGACUCCACUGUGGACGCUACUGUUGCUUGGACUGUGUAACCCAGUGUGGUGUGACUGUCAGAGGGACUGCCACUUCUGCAGCCAAAUGUUGCCUAAAGAAUACGCCUUCAACAAUUUGGUGUGUUUGUUGGAGUGUAACGGGAACCUUUCUCCUGGCCACACCUGGGAGAUGUGUCGUAGGACCAUUUUGGAGCCGCAUCCUAAAGCAUCCUUUCCAGUAGGGGGCGCCAUGCUGAAAAGGGCAGAAGAAGCAGCGGAUGUCUCUCUGCCUCUAAACGAAAACGACGAUCAAUAUUCUGAAACCCUCCAGAGGUUUGACCACAUAACGCGAGCUGUGGGACCACAGGAUCAAGACCAAGACCGAAACAUGCAGAUGAGUAAAAAAUAUAAGUUCCUGCAAGUACAGUCAACACAAGAAUCCAAAGAAGAGCAAGAUGGAGAUAAUGAGAUGCAAAGCAAAGAAGAAGAGGGCAUCCACCUGAUCAAACGCUUCGGAGGCUUCCUCAAAAACAAAUAUGGUUACAGGAAGUUCAUGGAUCCUGGCAGGCCUUUGCAGAAGCGGUACGGGAGCUUCAUAGGUGUCCGCAAAUCCGCCCGCAAGUGGAACAACCAGAAGCGCUUUAGCGAGUUCCUCAAGCAGUAUUUGGGCAUGAGCGCCCGAGCUAAUGAGUUCAACGGCAUGUCUGCUGAGUUCACCGAACAGAAUGAAUAAGCUAUGACAUUUGAAGCCAAUAAACUUAUCCUCCAAACUAUCAACUGUUAUCUUACUGCUCCUUUCUCCAACACACAAAAAUCUCAUAGUGCCACAGGAUUAGAUGUGCAUUUACUCAUUCAAGCAUCUGAUCUUUGAAUCGUGAUUUUAGCUUAAAGCUUAAGAAAAACUACAGUAUAAUGACCAGGUGAGAUGCAUUUACAUCCAAGUCAAGACAUCUAUAAAUUAAUUUGAUAUUGGUAAUGUAUAUCUUCUCCUCCUAUAGUUCAAUCAUUAUACAAUAACCAUAAAAAAAUCCAUCUCAACUACACAACACUGCCACCUGUUGGGGUAUUUCCAUAAUGAAAACCUCAUACAUGUGUAAUAAUUGUGGUGGGAUGGCACAACACGAAAGAUUAAGGAAUUAAGGAAAGCUCAUCUGUGUUUACUAUCUCUCUCCAAAAAACAAACAAAGCCAGAUUUCAUGUUAUCCAUUUCAGCAAAGACUCAUAACUGUGAUAUGCUUAUACAAACAUAUAAGAAAAUUCUGUCGUGCAGAGAUUGCUUCUCUGUAAAAGAGUGGGGAACCAAAAGCUUUAUUUUAUUUUUUUGAAACUGACAAUAUUGAUUUGUAUUUGUGCAUAUGAAAAAUGAAAUGUGUUUAUGCAAACAUUGCUGAAUCACGCUUUUCUCUUUAUUCCAAUGAUAUAAAUCACGAUGUUGACUAAAUGAACUGUACAUAUUGGUGA